AUGCAGGCCUCUAGGCUUAAUGCACCUCUUCCUGAAGGAUAUACAGACAUUAAAUUAUUCAAAGACCUAUCGGCGGCCACCAUGUUUAAAAGAAGAUCAUUUGCACCUAUAACAAUGGCUCUCCGAAAUGCCAACAUAUUGUAUAAGUGGGGAUUCCCUACCAAACUAAUCAUCAAAAGAAAUGGAAUUGAUCGAGCAAUCCUAACACCGGAAGAAGGAAGGAAAAUUCUAGGAGAAUGGAAUGUCCCUGUCCCAACAACUGACCCACAAAGUUCGGACAUGCCACCACCCCGUAAAGUGGCGAGAGACUGGCAACAAAUCCCAUGGAUUACGGCAACCCCUCAAAGCCGAAGAAAUCCUCAUCCAUAA